GCCACCGGAAGUAGGUUGGCCCCGAGGCAGAUGGCUCCGGAAACACCAACUCACAGUCUCCUUAGCAGGGGAGACGUGUAGGGGCCGGGUUCGGCCCUCAUGAACUUUCACCCGAGCGCACAAAUUUCUUUUUCCGGGACAAGAUGGCGCCGUCCACGCCACUCUUGACAGUCCGAGGAUCAGAAGGACUGUACAUGGUGAAUGGCCCCCCACAGUUUACAGAAAGCACAGUGUUCCCAAGGGAAUCUGGGAAAAAUUGCAAAGUCUAUACCUUUAGUAAGGAUGGGACCUUGUUUGCCUGGGGCAACGGAGAAAAAGUAAAUAUUAUCAAUGUCACUAACAAGAGACUACUGCACUCCUUCGACCUCCCAAAGGCAGUUUGCCUUGAAUUCUCGCCAAAAAACACCAUCCUGGCAGCGUGGCAACCUUACACUACUGCUAAAGAUGGCACAGCAGGGAUACCGAACCUACAACUUUUUGAUAUGAAAACUGGGACAUGUUUAAAAUCUUUUAUCCAGAAAAAAAUGCAAAAUUGGUGUCCAUCCUGGUCAGAAGAUGAAACUAUUUGUGCUCGAAAUGUUAACAAUGAAAUUCACUUCUUUGAAAACAACAAUUUUAAUACAGUUGCAAAUAAAUUGCAUUUGCAAAAAAUUAAUGAUUUUGUAUUAUCACCUGGAUCCCAACCAUACAAGGUGGCUGUCUAUGUUCCCGGAAGUAAAGGUGCACCUUCAUUCGUGAGGUUGUAUCAGUACCCCAACUUUGGUGGGCCUCAUGCCGCUUUAGCCAACAAAAGCUUUUUUAAGGCUGAUAAGGUUACAAUGCUGUGGAAUAAAAAAGCUACUGCUGUGUUGGUAAUAGCUAGUACAGAUGUUGACAAGACAGGAGCUUCUUACUACGGGGAACAGACGCUGCACUACAUCGCAACGAACGGAGAAAGCGCUGUGGUGCAAUUACCAAAAAAUGGCCCUAUUUAUGAUGUAGUUUGGAAUUCUAGUUCUACCGAGUUUUGUGCUGUUUAUGGAUUUAUGCCUGCCAAAGCAACAGUUUUCAACUUGAAAUGUGAUCCUGUGUUUGACUUUGGAACUGGCCCUCGUAACGCAGCCUACUACAGCCCCCACGGACAUAUACUAGUACUAGCCGGAUUCGGAAACCUCAGGGGACAAAUGGAAGUGUGGGAUGUUAAAAACUACAAACUUAUUUCCAAGCCGGUGGCUUCAGAUUCUACGUAUUUUGCCUGGUGCCCAGACGGUGAGCAUAUUUUAACAGCCACGUGUGCUCCCAGGUUACGCGUCAAUAAUGGGUACAAGAUCUGGCAUUACACUGGCUCUGUCCUGCACAAGUGUGACGUGCCAUCCAAUGCAGAACUGUGGCAGGUUUCUUGGCAGCCGUUCCUGGAUGGAGUAUUCCCAGCAAAAGCAAUAACGUACCAAGCAGUUCCAACUGAAGUACCCAAUGAGGAACCUAAAGUUGCUACAGCUUAUCGACCCCCAGCUUUAAGAAAUAAACCAGUCACCAAUUCCAAAUUGCAUGAAGAAGAGCCACCUCAGAAUAUGAAACCGCAAGCUGGAAGUGAUAAGCCAUUAUCAAAAACAGCCCUGAAAAAUCAGAGGAAGCAUGAAGCUAAGAAAGCUGCAAAGCAGGAAGCAAAGAAUGACAAGAGUCCAGAUUUGGCACCUGCUCCUGCCCAACAGAGCACACCACGAAACCCUGUCUCUCAGUCAACUUCUGGAGAUCCUGAGACAGACAAAAAAAUCAGGAACCUGAAGAAGAAACUAAAAGCAAUUGAACAACUGAAAGAACAAGCAGCAAGUGGAAAACAGCUAGAAAAAAAUCAGUUGGAGAAAAUUCAGAAAGAGAAAGCCCUUCUCCAGGAGUUGGAAGAUUUGGAAUUGGGUGUUUAAAGAUUCACAGUAAGCAAGUCGGUUACCAGAAAUCAGUGCAAACACAUCUUCUGUUAAACUCAUUAGUGUAAGCAGAAUGGCUGUGGGCCCACAUGUAAUGUUGACCUCUAACUUUAAGCAUUCAUCCAAGAUUCUGCAAAUGUAUAGGGUUAGUUAAUAGUGUAUAUACAAUUGACUUUUACACCCUGAAUCCUAUAUCAUGUCAAUACAUGAUACAGAAGAGAUAUAUGAAUUUUUUAGCUAAAUUUAACAGAUGGAAAGAUAAUAUCAUUGUUUUUUAGUGGGGGACAGUAUUUACCCAUAUAAAUGAAUAAAGACCUUUACAUUUAA